UUGGUGGACGGUCCCUUGGCGCGCAGGGAGCUGGAGAGGCAGAGCGCAGCCGCCUCUCGGUACAGGUCAGUGCAACAACAUCGCUGCAUGAAUGACAGCGCACUUGACCGACGCAGGGAAACACUUCACCACUUCAUAUGAGCCGUACGAGCGCCUCGUCUGUCUGAGCUGGUUUACCUCACCUCACUUCACGGAUAAACGCCCGAAGCCACCCUACAGCCGCCCGAGCGAGACAUGUCACCGUGAUGUUACAGCCUCCAUCUUCGCUGCAAUAAAAACCAUGAAGAGAUAACCGGCUUGUGGAGCUCACAGCAGAGGAGCUGACGGUAAAUGAGAGGCCGUCACCAUGCCCCCGGGGAAGUAUGGGAUGCAGGAGGAAUGGGAGAAGGAGGGGGACCAAGGGAUCGUGAUGGACUUCCUGCUGCCUACUGGGAUAUUCCUCAAAUUCCCUGUGUCUCGAAAUGACACCAUCAAAAGCAUCAAAAAAAUGGUUUGGAAAAAUGCCAGAAGCGAGGCCCUGUUCAGUGCACUGGGUGAUCCCGACGCAUACGUCUUCACCUGCAUCAACCAGACAGCCGAGAGGGAGGAACUGGAGGAGGAAUCAAGGCGUAUAUGCGACGUGCGACCCUUCAUGUGUGUUCUCAGGCUGGUGGCAAGAGAGGGUGACCGAGUGGAGAAGCUCACCAACACCCAAAUCAGCCUGUUAAUUGGCAAAGGUUUGCAUGAGUUUGAGGCCCAGAAGAACCACGAGGUGAAUGAGUUUCGGACUAAGAUGCGCACGUUUUGCGAAGAGAAGGCUCAGGAGCGGCAGAUGUUGCAUUGGCAGCAGUGGAUGGAAUACAGCUUCCCAUGUGACCUGGAGCCAUGCUGCUCUCUGCCAGUGUGUGCGAGCGCAAAGUCAAAAAACAGCAAGAUUUUCAUCAACGUCAAGUUUGAGGCUUCUGAUGAAAGUUUCAUGCUGCAGCAGGACCCUCAGGACUUUCCAGUGGCUCUGAUGAAAAGCGCCCUGAAGAAGAAGGCAACAGUCUUUCGCUCAGUGCGUCAGGAGCCUGAGGACUACACCUUACAAGUCAACGGGACCUGGGAGUUUAUCUAUGGGAAACAUCCCAUGUGCCAGUUCAAAUACAUUUUCUCAUGUUUGAGAAACGGCCAAAACCCUCAUUUAACCAUGGUGCACCACUCCACCAUCAGCAAGUACCAAGAGGAGCAGGGCAGAAUGUGCAGCCAGGCAUACAAGAGUCGGUCCUUGUCCAGACCUCCUCCACUGCCUCUGAAGAAGCAGAAUACCUCCUCUCUGUGGUCCAUCAAUGAGCCUUUCUAUAUUCACCUGCUGCAGGGCAGCCGAGUCAAUGCAGACGAAGGAAUGAAGCUUGUGGUGCAGGCUGGUCUGUUCCAUGGCAGCGAACUGCUCUGUAAGGUGGUGACAAGCUCUGAGGUGACAGUGUGCUCUGAGCCACUGUGGGAUCAGAAGCUGGAGUUUGACAUAAACGUGGCUGACCUGCCUCGCAUGAGCCGCCUGUGCUUCGCUCUCUAUGCUGUCAUUGAGAAAGCCAAGAAACCCCGCGGCACCAAAAAGAAGAAUAAGAAAGCGGAUUGUCCCAUAGCCUGGGUGAACACCAUGGUGUUUGACUACAAGGACCAGCUGAAGACUGGGGAGUUCCUCUUGUCGACAUGGCCAUCUGUUCCUGAUGACAAAGGCGACCUGUUGAACCCGAUGGGAACAGUCGAGAAGAACCCCAAUGUGGACAGCGCUGCUGGGCUUCUCAUUCGCUUCCACAACAUCAGGCAACAUCCUCUCUAUUACCCUCCACUUGACAAGAUAAGUGAUGUAGAGAAGAACGGGGAUGCACCUUUUGCUACGAAAGAAGAGUACAUGAAGCUGAAAGAAAUCAUGGACAACAAAAACUACACCGAGUUCUUCGAGGAUGAGAAGGAGCUCUUGUGGAAGCUUCGUGCAGAAGUCCGCAACCAUUAUCCUGAAAGUCUGUCCAAGCUGCUCCUCAUCACCAAGUGGAAUAAGCGUGAGGAUGUAGUUCAGAUGGUGAGCUUACUGAGAAACUGGCCAGACCUCCCAGGCAUCCACGCCUUGGAACUCUUAGACUAUAGUUUUCCCGACCCAACGGUCCGUUCUUUCACCAUCAGAUGCCUCAGGAAGCUCAGUGAUGAUGAACUGCUACAGUACCUAAUCCAGCUGGUCCAGGUUUUGAAGUACGAGUCCUAUCUUGACUGUGACCUCACCACUUUCCUGCUAGAGAGAGCUUUGUCCAACAGGAGGAUAGGACACUUUCUGUUUUGGCAUCUAAGGUCAGAGAUCCACGUGGCGUCUGUGAGUUUGCGUUUUGGCCUGAUUCUGGAGGCUUACUGCAGGGGAAACAUCUGCCACAUUAAGCUCUUAACCAAACAGAACGAGGCUCUGGGCAAAAUGAAAGCCCUGAGUGACUUCGUCAAGUCAGGCUCCCAGAAAAUGACAGUGGACGACCUGAAGCUGUGCAUCAGACAGGAGUCUUACCUGGAGGCCCUGUCAGACCUGCUGUCACCACUCAACCCCAGCAUCAUCCUCGCUGAGAUCUGUGCAGAUAAGUGCAGGUUUAUGGACUCCAAGAUGAAGCCACUGUGGCUGCUGUAUAAGAACCCAUUGGCUCAAGGAGACAUGGUGGGCAUCAUCUUCAAGAAUGGAGAUGAUCUUCGACAAGACAUGUUGACCCUCCAGAUGAUCCAACUCAUGGAGAAUCUAUGGAAGAAAGAAGGCCUGGAUCUCAGGAUGAUCCCGUAUGCCUGCCUCUCCACUGGGAACAAGAUGGGGCUCAUUGAGGUAGUGAAAAACUCAGACACCAUCGCUAAUAUCCAGCGUAACAGCAGUAACAGUGCCGCCACUGCUGCCUUCAACAAGGAUGCCCUGCUCAACUGGCUCAAAUCUAAGAAUCCUGAGGAAAAACUUGAUAAAGCAAUAGAAGAGUUCACACUGUCCUGUGCUGGCUACUGUGUAGCUACCUACGUCUUGGGGAUUGGAGAUCGUCACAAUGACAAUAUCAUGAUCAGGGAAACUGGACAGCUCUUCCACAUUGACUUUGGGCAUUUCCUGGGUAACUUCAAGCGGAAACUUGGGAUCAACAGGGAACGUGUGCCUUUCAUCCUGACUUAUGAUUUUGUCCAUGUGAUCCAGCAAGGACGGACAAACAACAGUGAGAAGUUUGAGAGGUUCAGAGGAUACUGUGAGCGGGCCUAUAAGAUCCUGUGUCGGAAUGGGACACUGUUCGUCAACCUCUUUGCGAUGAUGAAGGCAGCAGGACUACCAGAGCUCACUUCCUUCAAAGACAUCCAGUAUCUAAAGGACUCUUUAGCUUUGGGUAAAUCAGAGGAAGAGGCACUGAAGAAUUUCAAAGUGAAGUUCAACGAAGCUCUGCGGGAGAGCUGGAAGACGAAGGUCAACUGGAUGAUGCACUCCCUGGCCAAAGAUAACAGACCGUGAAGAACACUGCACCAAGAGAACCUGAAGACCAAAAACUACGGAUUUUAACUUAUGGAGAAAAAAGGGAAGAAAACACAAUCAAGUAUUUUAAAUUACUAAUGGCAUUCAAAGACACUCAGCAAAUGUUUACAUCUGACUGGCCUGUCUGUGGUACAUAACGACUAAGUGGAAGCGUCCAAAGACAAUGAUAUAAUCAUGGAACAUCAUUUCAACACAGAUAUUUUCACAGUGACGGAAACCCAUCACACUCAUCUUUCUCACAUCAAAUAACUGAAUGCCUUUGCCUUGAGGACAUAUCAACAAAAAUUAUAGACUACACUUUUUUUUUCUUUUUGGUGUGAUAAGAUCGCUACUUGAAAACUCGUGCAAGAAGUGUCAUGAGUCACUGAAACAGAAGCAGGGACUGAAAGUUCAUCUCAUUGACUGCAUUACUCACCAGGGAGCAAACUGCAAAGAAACAUUAUGAUGACUUUAGACGACAUCGUUCAGUCACGGAGUACAAUAACAAGGCAGCAGUUUCACCUCAAGUCUUUUGUAAGGUUUACACCCUAGGUGGCUGUGUCAUUUCCUCUCAUUUCAACAGCCUCUUUGCAAUUGUGUUUUUAUUGUAUUUUAUUUUAUUGUAUUUAAUUUAAUUUGGUAAGUCUGAAGUACUUGUAAAAAGUCAUGAAGGAUAUUUUAAAAAGACGUGUUUUACUGCUGUAUCACUUAUUGACGUGUAAUAUUGCCUUGAAGUACAGUUUGUUGCCUUUGUAGUGCUACUUGUCAGGAAGAAUUGUAACAAAUUAUUGUUCAGACGGGCAAAUAACUUUAAAUGGGACCUUUAUUUUGAUAACAUCCCUGUGUACUAGGCUGCGUUACCCAGCCGACUCUUACCAAACAGCUUUUACGCAUUAAAGGAAUAUUUUGACAUUUUGGUAAAUAUGCUCAUUUGCUUUUUUGCUGAGAGUUAUUUUAAAAUUUAAAGCUAAAGCUAACAGUUUUUAAUGUAACACAAAAACUGGAAACGGGGUAACAGCUGUCUGAAUGUAACAACUAACAUCUAAUGAACAGACUCUGUGUUGUUUGUUGAUGUGUAGAAAAACUGAAGUGUAAAAAGGAAGUUAGACACAUAAACCUUCCGUAAAACCACAACCUUUUAGAGGUGCUGGUAGGUUGUUUUGGUUUUUUUUGCAUUUGGACAGAGCCAGGCUAGCAGUUCCCUCUAUUUCCAGUCUUUAUACUGAGCUAGGCUAAAUGUCCCCUUCAUAUUUAAUGAACAAAUAUGAAAAUGGUUUCACUCUUCUAACUCUCAGAAAGAAGGUAAAUAUAUGUAAUUGCCUAAAGUAUUCCUGUGAUGACAGCUACCAUAUAAGCAAAUCAAAAAGAGAUGAUCUCAGGCACUUGGCAAAGAUACCAUAUAGAUUUUUGGUCAAAGGAUCAGAUGAAUGAUGAAUUCAUGAGGCAUUAAGACCCAAAUAAGUAAAAAUUCUGUGGACCUAUAUAAGCCAUAGACUUGUGGUUGCAUUUCUCAAAAUGUGUUACUGAGCACAUGGCUCUUUUGAAAGUGUAAAUCUGGACCAUGUGUAUUAUCUCAGAUGAUGCAGCCUGUGUCUGCAUGUGUAUGUGUGUGUGUUAUUUUCUAAUAUUUAAGUUAUACACUGUAAUUCUCAUUGCAUUUUUGGAACUGAUGUGCCAGGUGCCAUGAAAGAGAUUUCAUGCUUGUAGUGUCAAACACUGCUAUACUUUGAUAUCUGAUGCCAUGCAAAACGGUGUUUGUCUGUUCAAGUGAGUCCUUGUGCGCUAUAUGAUUUCAUUUUCAUGGCGUGUUCAGAUUAUUUUACAGGCUGUGUAUCUUGCUGUCAGUCCUGAAAGGAAGAUGGUGCGCUUUUCAAUAGCCUUUUUUAUUUAGAAGUUAAAAAAUAUGUCUACAAUUUGUAUGAGUCUCUGUACAAUGACGACUUCUACAGAAGAGCAACUGUAGCUGUAGAUUACACAACAAGAAGAUUUAAAAAGCUACUCAGAGAUUCACUGUUGAAUAGACUUUUAAUAUGAGUCAUCAGUGUCCCUCAGUAUGGGCUUAGCUAAACACUGCUGCUUCAAGCUUCUUUAAGCCAAGAGAUGUCUUAAGAGUUGAUGGGCCACCUUUGCAAAUUGUAAAAUUUACUGCUGUUGCCUUUUCAACUGAUUGUAAUUAAUGAAAUCUAUCAAAUGGUACAAAACAUUUAAGAUUUGGACCUCAUUUUCAUGUGUGCAGCUAAAGCAGAUAAACCAUUCUGACCUGUCCUUUAUCUGCAUCCUGUUUUUACAUUUGUUUCACUUGCUGUUGGGAGGGAAACGCACACUCAAUAAACAGUUUGCAACAGCA